AUGUCAGCGCAAGCAUUGAAGGCGCUUCAAGCCAAGCGAGCAACAAUAAAGUCGCUAUGCACGCGUACGCGAACAUCAAUAGAGGCCAUGAAUCCACAAGACGUAAACAUCGCAAGCUUAAAACAGCGAAAAGAAAAGUUCACCGAGUAUUGGUCUCAAUUUAUUGAAAUUCAGGCUCAAAUUGAUGAGAUAUUAGCGGCAGCCAUCGAUUUACCAAACUUAGAAGAACUUAAGAUUGAACAAGAUACCGAAUACGUGAAUUUUGAAGAAAAUUAUUUUACCAUUGCCGGCAAAAUAGAAUGUUUGUUAACCCCCGCAUACGGAAACACUAAUCAUGUAACGGCAAAUGUAGAUCAAGCGCCGAUAGCGUCCACGGAAGGUUAUGUUCGCGAUCUGAGUCAAGUUCAUUUACCAAAAAUUGCAAUACCAAAAUUCAGUGAUGAUUAUCAAGAAUGGUACCCAUUUUACAAUACGUUCCAGUCAAUAGUUCAUAACAAUACCAAUUUGACAAACAUUCAACGGUUUCAUUAUUUGAUUUCAUCUCUCGAGGGUGACGCUGCGCAUAUCAUUCAAUCAAUUAAGAUCACGCCUGAGAAUUAUCAAGAAGCAAUGACGUUAUUAAAACAACGCUAUGACGACAAACGUGUAAUAAUUCAAGAACGUGUAAAGGCAUUGUACGAUUUAUCUAUAGUUGCAAAGGAAAAUUAUGUAGCAUUGCGAAAAUUAGUUGACAACGUGUUAAGACAUUUACGUUCAUUAAAGAGCUUAGGCAGACCAACUGACACAUGGGAUGACCUCAUCAUUCAUUUAAUUGUUGCAAGAUUAAAUCCGAGCCUUGUUAGCGAAUAG